AUGCCCCUGGCCGUGAUCGAAGCAAGUCCGGACCUGGCGAUAGAGCUGGACGUUCCCAACCGGGAAUAUAACCCGGGCGAGACCAUCACCGGCCGCGUCCUCCGGCGAAGCCACGUCGUGUCCUCCGAGGCCCUCGUCAGCAUCAAGCUCUACGGCCGCACCAAGGUGCGCGUCGACUACACCACCAACAGCGGCAACGGCAGCCAGCACCACACGGUGCGCACGCGCUUCGACCUGCUCGGUUCCGGACCCGCCUUCAACCGCACCAUCUUCAAGGGGCCCAUCCACAUCCCGCCAGACGGCAGCCGCGCCGAAUCAUGGCCCUUUUCCUUAUCCCUCCCCACGGGGCCCGUCAACCCGCAAACCAUCCGCGAGGGCGCCAAGAAGAAGCAGAAAUACUCCUUCCUCCCCAUCGACCCCGCCGAGCAAAUCACCUCCCACCAGCUUCCCUUCACCUUCUACUCCAAGGUCGGCUCCUUCUGGGCCAACGGCAUCGAAGGCUACGUCGAGUACGUCCUGCAGGCCGAGUUCUUCGAGCAGCACACCUCGCGCUUCAGCAGCACGCCCUCGGCCAAGAAGACCGCAUCGGCAGUCUUGCCCGUGACCAUUCGUCCACCACCGAUCCCGCCCUUGCUGCCGCACGAGUGGAGCUUAAACCGCUUUAUCAAGCGCCAGGGCGUGCGCACGCAGCGGCUAAUCCCGGCAUUUGCGGAGGGCGACGUGGAGUUAUCCUUCAAGCAGAAGACGCUGAAGCUAUUUCACUCGUCCAAAGUGCCCAAGUACAGCUUCGACGUGCUGGUACUUUCGCCAGGCGUAAUUCAGCUGGGCAGCGUGGAUCCGGUGCCAUUUCGGGUGGCGGCUGUGCCGAAAUUCGGCGCGGCGGACGAGACGAGCGAGGAGGUGAGGGAGCUGGAGAGAAGUCCCAUGGUGAAUGUUGUUAGUUUGAAGUUGGUGGUCAAGGCGAGGACGGAGGUCAAGGUCAACAGCAUGUGGGUUGCGGAUCGGUUUAUCGAUCGGACUGAUAAGUUUUUUGAGUGGAGCUGGAACUGGAAGGAAGGGGAGGAGGGGAUGGCGUUGCCGGUUUGGGAUAGGGGGUUGGCUGCGGGUGCGGCUGGGGCUGUGGGUGUGGAUUAUGGGGACGAGAAGAAGGGGAAGAAGGAAAAGAAAGAAAAGAAGGGCGAAAAGGAGGGGUUGGGAGGUGGAGGUGGAGGAUCAAGCUCAGCUGCAGUUGUUGGUCCAGAAGGUGAACCACCGGCCCGAGAUAUUGGUGCUGAGAUGGAAUUAAGGUUCAACCCAAUGGAGUUGGUGUAUAAAGGCGGGACGGCCAAGAUGACUGCGCUCCUGUAUCCGGAUUUCACGACGUACAAUAUUCGGAGGACGCAUGAGCUGAAGUGGGAAAUGGUGUUAUCGGUGGCCAAGGAGACUGUGAAGGUGUCGAAUAGUCAUCUUGUUAGGUUUGUGGCGCCUUGGACAUGA